AUGAAUAAAAAAGGUCAUAAAAGAAGCUUUCAAAUUGAAUGGCUAAAUAAGCACAACUGGUUAGCUUAUAGUCGUAAUAGAGAAGGAGCGUUUUGUAAAGUAUGUGUACUUUUUGGACCAAAGUUUGGUGGGAUUGGAGGACAAAGGCUUGGGGUCUUAAAAGAAAUUCCUAUGAUAAAAUACAAAGAUGCUUUACACGAUUUUAAGAUACAUAUGGAAAGAGAAUAUCAUAAAACAGCAAUUGUGCGAUCUUUAGAAUUUAUAAAAUGUUUUAAAGGCAAACAAAAAACAAUAGAAAUUCAACUUGAUGACCAACUAAAUGAAACUGUCAAACAAAAUAAAAAGAAGUUAAUUCCUAUAUUUAAAACAAUUAUUUUCUGUGGUCGUCAUAAUAUAUCUAUAAGGGGGCAUAGAGACGAUGUUAAUUUAUCAAAUCUGAUUUCAAAUGACCAAGCAAAAAAUAAUUUUAAUAUUGGAAUAUUCAAAGAAUUGUUGAUGUUCAGAAUAGACGCGGGCGAUGUAUAUCUUCGCAAUCACUUAGAAUCGGCUCCAAAAAAUGCAACAUUUGUUAGUAAAACUAUUCAAAAUAAUUUGAUCGAUAUAUGUGGCUCGAUUACCACAGACAAAUUAAUAAAAGAGGUGAAUGAAUGUAAAUUUUUUUCAAUUUUAUGUGAUGAAACUUCUGAUUUAUCACACAUUGAGCAAAUGAGUUUAUCGAUUAGAUAUGUUGAUUUAAAAUCAUGCUUGAUAAAAGCAAAUUUUAUUUGCUUUGUUUCGGUUUAUGAAUGUACUGGUGAAAAUUUAGCAAAUACAAUCGUCCAAAAAUUAAAAGAAAUUGGUUUAAGUUUGGAAUUUUUACGAGGGCAGGGAUAUGAUGGUGGAGCAAAUAUGUCUGUCAAAGAAGUAUCUAACUUUGUGCGUGAUUCUCCCAAAAGAGUUGAUUUAUUUAAAAAAAAAAUAAAUGAAAUUUUACCUUCAUCAAAAUCAGUUUUGCUAGUGAAGUUGUGUGAAACUAGAUGGGUAGAAUCUCACGAGGCAAUUAUUCGGUUUUCCGAUAUGCUUAUACCUAUUGUACAAUUUUUGGAAGACAUGACAGUUAAUACGGAUGGAAAUAUACUUUCUAAAUGUAACGGACUUCUUCAUUCAAUAUUGACUUUUGAAUUUAUUUUGGCCUUAGAAGUAGCAGUAGAAAUAUUGUCUUUGACUUUGCCAAUAUCACAAGGUGCCACUUUUUAUGAAGCAGAUUUGCCUGGAUCCAUAGACGAAUUAAAAGGUGAAAUUGCAUUGUGGCAGCUGCAUUGGACUCAACAACCAGUAAAAAAGGAAAAAAUAAAUACAGCAAUAGACGCAUUCAAAGAAACUGAAGAUGGGUAUUUUCCAAACAUUCGUCAACUUUUACUAAUUUUAGCAAUAUUACCAGUAACAACAUCGACAAGUGAGAGGUCUUUCUCAACGCUAAAACGCAUAAAAACAUACCUGAGAACAACAAUGGGGGAAAACCGUUUAAACGGGUUAGCUUUGCUUAAUAUCCAUAAACAAAUUGAUGUAAAACCUGAAGAAGUGUUAGAUAUGUUUUCAAAAUCUAAUCCUAGGAAAUUACAAUUAUCUUUAUCGUUAUAA